AUGAAGAAUAUGAGGAAGAAUUCCACAGUGUGGAGGACGAGAGCGACAAUUAAUGACUUUGUCUUCAACGAUUUGUUUGAGGAGAGUAACCCUUCACAGACAAUUCAGUUCAUAUCAGAUGACCAAAUAGGUGAAGUUGUUGUUCAACGUUCAUGAGACAUAAGUAUUAAUAUACAUUUCACUUGCUUGCAUAUAGUAACACUGGCUUUUUGUGGUGGCUCGUAUAGAAGAGGUGGGAUCAUGAAAUCUUCCACCGCCAAUGUGGGGGGAUCAAAACCACACUGUAUGCUUUAAGGGGGGAUCACGUAAGUGCUCCGUUGUUGCAACAAAAAUCCUUCGCCCCCCCUUCCGGUCCCUAAGAACGAACGAGACCAGGUUUCAUGAGCGCGUGAGACUGAACACCUCACCCAAACCCUUAUGUUUUCCUAAAUCCGCUGGACGCCAAAACCUGGUUGAGGUCAUUGUUGCUUAAUCUCUUCCGACUAUUUUUUCUUGUCAAAACGUGUGAAAUUUUCCGCCAUUUUCUCUGGCGCAAAAAAGUUUAACCUACCAUGUGGCACGAAAUUUUUGCGGAAGUUUAUAUUUUUGCGGAUUGGUGAUUUUUUGUGUUUUGCGGGAACUAAUUUUUGCGAUUAAGACAGAUUGGUUUUUCUUGCUGGGAUGGUGCUUGUACUGGUGCUCGUUGGAGGGGGACCCAGCAUUGAUAAUAUUUUCGUUUUUGUUAAGUACGUGCAAUAGAAAUAUAUAUUUUCAAACAAUAUUACCGUAUGCGGACCCUAUGUAAUACCACUGAUUCAUUGUAUACCGUUUUGUUUCUGAAAGAAAGAGGCAAGUUGUAAUUGAACAAGCACGAUUUCUUAGUACUGUUUUUUUGCGUAGCGAAUUUAAGUUAGAGAAUAUUUACUCUGGAGAAAAUUUUUGCGGGAAAAAUGUUUGCGGGAACGUAUUUUUGCGGAUCGCUGGAAAAAUCGCAAAAACGCAAAAAUUAGAACCACCCCAAAUUUUGUGACACACGGUAGUCCCCAGGGCCUCUCGAUUGCAUAGCCUUUUUCUGCAGAAAAAUAAUUUUUUGAAGGAAUAACAAUAGGCUUUAAUCCUGACCAAAUGGAAAGCAGGGCAGGUUAAUUCACGCUGCUGCUUUUAGGAGGGUCUCGACGGGAUCAACCGUAAAACAGUCAAAUUUCAGCCGUCAGGUGGAAACGUUUAACUGUUAGUCGUAAUAAAAGUCAAACAGCCGUAAAUGUUUAAUCUCUUACCAAAAUUUGUCAUUUACACUUAGAAAGUCAACAUAACAACUGCUUGUUUCGUUUUUACUGGUAUUGAAUCGUGGUUGAUGGAUCCUUUUUUAUUAAGACUUAAAUUUAUGGCGUUCCAUAAUUAAAAUUCAACCAAAAAUUACUGAUGAUAUAGCACCGUCGAUUGAUUGCCGGCUCACAGAAGCCACUGUCAGUUUCAUCAGUAUAAUUAUUGUGUAAAUGGUCUUAUAUGUAAAAUGACAGUUGCCCUGGCCUGUUCAUUGGUCAAGAUCAGGUGAAGAGAACCAGAAUAACUAAAAAAAAAUUGUCAGAACGUCACUCUGCUGGCAUGAGGUGUAAAAUAACUAGCUUUGACUCGGUCAAGGAGAAACAAAAAAAUGCACGUUUUACUGCCGAUACAGCUAUAGAAAUUUAUCAUAGUUCAAUUUGCUCCUCUCAAACGAAUGAUCAUAAUGAUUAGGCAGCCCAACCCCGAAAGAGUAGACGAGCUGUUCAAAGCUGGAACGGUAUAUUUAACAAAACGAGAAUUCACUGGAACAUUUUGCACCUGUUUUCUUUGUUUAGAAUCAUGCAGUUUCUUUUAUUAUUAACACACACAAAAAAAUUAGGUAGUUAUUUUUCUUUUUGGUGCAAAUCAAUUGUUAUAGCUUAGUCCGAUGCAUAUUUUUAUGGCGUUAAUAAGGACUGUUAUUACAUUGAAAUACAGACAAGUCGUAUUUAAUGUGACCCUGUUAUUUAAGCAGGGAUGUUAAUUAUAAUCUUUAGUUAAAGCUAGUUAAGAGGAACUUCCUUUAACUGCUAAGAUGGAGACCUGGUUUUGGAUUCUUCGCUGGGUUCUUUCAUUUUUGACCAUCAUUGGAAAUGGAUUUACAAUAUUUCUCGUUUGCAGCAGACGAAAUCUCCGCACCAAACCCAACGCGUUAAUUGUUUCACUUGCCGUGGCGGAUUUCUUCGUUGGUUUGAGCGUUAUUCCUUCUCUGUUUUUCUGCGACAUUACAAACACCUGCCACUGGCCUCACACUCACGACCAUCAUUUGCUAUCUUGGGUGAAUUUUAUAAGGUUGUUGUUUAGUAACACGUCUGUUGCAAACUUAUGCGUCUUAGUACUGGAUCGUUUAAUUGCCAUCGUCCAUCCUCUAAAAUACAUUACUUUGAUGACUCGCCGUCGAAUUAUUCAAGUUAUUUUCUUCUCUUGGGUUCUACCAGCUAGUUAUAAUGUGCUAACGUUUAUCCCUUUUAUGUUUUAUUUCAAAACAAUACCUGUCCCUUUUAUUUGGCUGACCAUAAUUUUGGAGUUUAUUCCAUGUGUUGUGUUAAUACUCUGCUUUGAGACAAUGAUAUUUCAUGUAUGCAGGCAUGAUCAGUCAGCACGCACCUUAGCAAAACAGUUACGUUUUAACCAUCAGGUGACGUUUAAAAUCCACCAGGACAGGUCUGCAGUAAUAAUGAUGGGUCUUGUGAUAGGAGUGUUUCUUGUUUGCUAUGGGAUGCAUCUGCGUUGUAGUUUUCUAACACUGUCCUCAUCACGAUGUAAUGAUGAAAACUACAAAAUUCCUUUCUUGGUUUUAAACUCGGCCAUUAACCCGCUGGCUUAUGCCUUUUUCAAAAGAGACAUAAAGAAAGAGUUUAGAAGACUUAUCGGUCAGGUGGUUUUUAAGAAAAGUAACCAAGUAGAGCUUUCCACUCAUCGUUAGUUCAUUUUUGAAGAACAGAAAUCUUAUAAGUUGGCAGAACUGCCUUUGAUAGCGGAUUGUGUCAAACAUCGCGGGCGGCAGUUUUGGAGCCCGCAAAUCCCUGGAGGUUUGUCUCAAAUCAUAGUUUGGAAACACUGGUGUUUAAGGAGGGUACAAGAACCAAAGUACGAUAAGAAUACAAUCCAGUAUAAGUCAGGUGCUUUCUUGAAACGAUUCCGAGGUAUAUAUAUAAAAAAAGACUUGUUGGCGCUGUGUUUUAAAGAAAAUACAACAAUUUUAACUAAACCCUACGACAGGACGCGUGACUCAGUUUUGGACGAUGUAGGGCUUAAAAAACGAUGAAAGGCUUGAGAAGAGACUGCCAGAUAGAUCUGUGACUCUGAAAGCGAAUUGGAAUUUGGAAAAAAAAGGCGCAUGAGGAGACAAAACAAGAACCUUUGGACCCUAAGAGAAUGCAAAAUAUUGGGGAAAUGAUCAAGUUCACACAGUGAUGGGAGGCGAAAGUUCUUAUUGGAUGGAACUUUUAGUAUCACAUCGUGAGAGCAUAAUUUUAUGUUCACAUCCUGCUAGCAGACACUUGGUUUCACUUUCUCCAUUUUUGGCGCACUGUUAAAAAAGAAGUAUUCUGCAUGAAUCGAGAAUCGACUAAGAUCAUUUUUGAGCAUGUGAAUUAAGUAGUAGUUUAUUUAUCUUCCAAAUGCAAACUGAUUCCGAUAAAUUUAGCUUAGCCUAAAUGAAAUGUUUAAGAUCUGCAUCGCGGACCAUACAGGUCUGAGUACCAGUUUAUUUCUCAUGACGAGAAAGGCCAUCGUUUUCUUUAGCAAACAAGUUUCCAGGCUGUUUCUUUGCUUUAAGUUUAACUUCUUAUAGCCUCUCAUAUAUGUGUAUUUUUUUCGACAGUCACUCAAUUUUACCCACUCGCUUUUGAUUGGAUAUCGAAAACAAAAAAAGCUUCUUGUAAUAAAUUGCUGCCUAACUUUGGCCGUAAUUUGUAACACCUGUCUCAGUUUCUAAUAAAGAACUGUCGCAAAUAAGAAUACAAUGAUCUCGCAAUUAUUUAGUGAACCAAGUUAACAAUAAAUUGCAGUAAAGGGAUAACUCACGUGCCUGACUUUGUCCUGUUUGACUGACAGAUGUUUUAGCGCUAUUGCCACGUGACGGUCCACAUUUACUCUAGCUCUUGCUAACUUAGGAAUACGUCAAUUUGAUAAAUGUGACCCUGCUUUUUACGCAAAAGCGUUAUUGCGGGCGACAAGAGGAGCCCGCAAUCCUAAUCUCCAGGUUGUUAUUACGCAUGCGUCGCAUGUAUAUGUAGCCAGCAUUAGUUUGGACUUCCACUAACAAUGAAGGGAAUGCACAGAACGCAAUUUGAUCACGCGCGUCUCUACCUUCUGCCCCUCGUAAUCUCAGUGAUCACGCCUGUUUUGACCAUAUGCUACGUGAAACUUACGCAAAGCACGGCGAUGGAGCAAAAGCGUUUUGACCUUCGAUCGUGUCGCCCGCACUCCCUAACCUUUGGUUAUUACUAGUUACUAGUUAUUUCGCAUGCGUCACAUGUAUGUAGCCAGCAUUAGUUUGGACUUCCACAAAGAAUGAAUGGAAUAUACAGAAGGCAAUUUGAUCACGCGCGUUUGGACCUUCUGUCACUCGUAAUCUGAUCACGCGUGUUUUGACUAUCUAUCGUGUGAAACGUACGCAAAGCACACUUAGGCACAGUGAUGGAGCAAAAGCGUUUUAACCUUCGAACGCUGCCGCCCGCACUCAGUAACCUUUAGUUAUUACUAGUUUGUAAUGUAUAGUUGAUAAGAACUUCCUUUAACUGUUACUACGGAUGGAGA